GUAAGACAGAGAGCAAAGACGCCUUUUAUUUUGUUGGGAUGUUCCGCAUCACCAACGUUGAGUUUCUUCCCGAGUACCGGCAGAAGGAGUCCAGGGAAUUUCUCUCCAUGGCGAAGACAGUACAGCAAGUGAUUAACCUUGUUUACACAACAUCUACUUUCUCCAAAUUUUAUAAGCAGUCGGUGGUUGCAGACGUCAGCAGUAACAACAAAGGUGGUCUCCUGGUCCACUUUUGGAUUGUGUUUGUCAUGCCACACGCCAAGGGCCACUUCUUCUGCGAGGAGUGUGUGGCAGCCAUCUUGAAGGACUCCAUCCAAACCAGCAUCAUAAACCGCACCUCUGUGGGAAGCCUGCAGGGUCUGGCUGUGGAUAUGGACUCUGUGGUACUAAAUGCUGGGCUCCGCUCAGACUACUCUUCAACCAUAGGAUCUGACAAAGGCUGCUCACACUACUUCUAUGCAGAUCAUCUGACCCUCCGCUACCCUCUGGAAAUUUCUGCAACCUCAGGACAGCUAAUGUGUCACUUCAAGCUAGUGGCCAUAGUGGGUUAUCUGAUUCGUCUCUCAAUUGAGUCUGUCCAAUUGGAAGCUGACAACUGCAUCACUGACUCCCUGACUGUUUACGACUCCCUCUUGCCAAUCCGGAGUGCCACCCUGUACAGGCUCUGUGAACCUACAAGAGCACUAAUGUCAUUUGUUUCUACGAAUAAUCUCAUGUUGGUGACACUGAAGUCUCCCUAUGUGCGGAGGCUGUCAGGCAUCCGGGCAUAUUUUGAAGUCAUUCCAGAACAAAAGUGUGAAAACACGAUAUUGGUCAAGGAGAUCAACAGCUUUGAAGGGAAAAUUUCAAGUCCGUAUUACCCAAGCUAUUAUCCGCCGAAGUGCACGUGUACCUGGAAAUUUCAGCAUCUGCUUUCUACAAUUCCCCUCUCCAGGCUUCUUCUCCCCUUCCCACCAUGGUACCUCUCACCAAGCGCUACAUACCACAAAGAGCAGAACAUCUUUAAAACAACUCCCCUAGCAACUCUUGGCCUAGCCCUGAGAUUCUACAACUACUCACUAACCAAGAAGAGUAUGAAAGGCUGUGAGCAUGGAUGGUGGGAAAUUAAUGAGCACAUGUACUGUGGCUCCUACAUGGAUCAUGAGACCAUUUUCCGGGUGCCCAGCCCCUUGGUCCACAUCCAGCUCCAGUGCAGCUCCAGACUUUCAGACAAGCCUCUCUUGGUAGAAUAUGGCAGCUACAACAUCAGUCAACCUUGUCCUGCCGGGUCUUUUAGAUGCUCAUCCGGUUUGUGCGUCCCCCAGGCCCAGCGCUGUGAUGGGGUAAACGACUGCUUCGAUGAGAGUGACGAGCUUUUCUGUGUGACUGCCAAGCCUGCCUGCAACGCCAGCAUCUUCCGGCAGCGCGGCCCUCUGGUCUGCGACGGCUUCUGGGACUGUGAGGACGGCCAGGAUGAGCAGAACUGCACGCGGAGCAUCCCGUGCACCAACAGGACCUUUAAAUGUGGCAAUGACAUCUGCUUCCGGAAACAAAAUGCGCAGUGUGAUGGGAUCGUGGAUUGUCCAGACGGAAGUGACGAGGAGGGCUGCAGCUGUAGCAGGGGCUCUUCCUCCCUCCACCGCAUCGUUGGGGGUUCUGACUCUCAAGAGGGGACCUGGCCAUGGCAGGUCAGCCUCCACUUUGUUGGAUCAGCCUACUGUGGGGCCUCCGUCAUCUCCAGGGAGUGGCUUCUCUCAGCAGCCCAUUGUUUCCAUGGAAACAGGCUGUCUGACCCCACUCCAUGGACUGCACACCUUGGGAUGUAUGUGCAGGGGAGCGCCAAGUUCAUCUCUCCACUCAGAAGGAUUGUGGUCCACGAAUACUAUAACAGUCAAACCUUUGACUAUGAUAUUGCUUUGCUACAGCUCAGUAUAGCCUGGCCUGAGACCCUGAAGCAGAUCAUUCAGCCAAUAUGUCUUCCCCCAGCUGGCCAGAAAGUGCGCGGUGGGGAAAAGUGCUGGGUGACCGGCUGGGGGCGAAGGCAUGAAGCAGAUAAGAAAGGCUCCCCUGUAUUGCAGCAAGCAGAGGUAGAGCUCAUUGAUCAAACCGUCUGUGUUUCCACCUACGGGAUCAUCACUUCCCGGAUGCUCUGUGCAGGGGUUAUGUCUGGCAAGAGCGAUGCCUGCAAAGGAGAUUCAGGUGGACCCUUGUCUUGUCGAAGAAAGAGUGACGGAAAAUGGAUUCUGACCGGCAUUGUUAGCUGGGGACAUGGAUGUGGAAGACCAAAUUUUCCUGGUGUUUACACAAGGGUGUCAAACUUUGUUCCCUGGAUCCAUAAGUAUGUCCCUUCUCUUUUGUAACUGUACCAGUUGGAUUUUUAACUGUGAUUUAUGUGAAUUCUUGAAAAAGAAUGUAAUUAUCAUCAAUAAAAUUAAUCCUAUUUUUCAA